ACUCAAAGGCAGCUUGAUGGAUGUUUGUCUUUGAGCGGGAGAGGGGGCUACUUGGGCGUUUCUGUGGCCCCUAUAAAACUUCUCCACAGUCGGAGAGGUUUUAGUUGGCAGCCCAGUGAUAAUUCUGAACGCAAGAAGGAGCAGGAGAAAACAGAAAUGGCGUCUUUAGGGCUGCAGAUUCUGGGCGUCGGACUGGCCGUGCUGGGUUGGAUUGGAAACAUCCUGAUCUGCAUGCUGCCCUUGUGGAAGGUCUCUGCUUUUAUUGGAAACAACAUUGUUGUGGCUCAGAGCAUCUGGGAAGGCCUGUGGAUGACCUGUGUGGUGCAGAGUACGGGUCAGAUGCAGUGUAAGGUCUACGAUUCUCUGCUAGCCCUGCCCCCGGACCUCCAGGCAGCCCGGGCUAUGGUGGUGAUCGCCAUCCUGUUCUCUUUCUUUGGCCUGAUGCUGUCCGUGGUUGGAGGGAAAUGCACAACAUGCGUCGGGGACAAAGUAGCAAAAGCCAGAGUGGCCAUCUCCGCGGGUGUCUUCUUCAUCCUGAGCGGGGCUCUGUGUCUGGUGACCGUGUCGCUGCCGGCUAACACGGUCAUCAAGGACUUCUACAACCCCAUGGUUCCUGAUGCUCAGCGGAGGGAGCUGGGUGCGUGUUUGUACAUUGGCUGGGGAGCAUCAGGACUGCUGCUGAUCGGAGGAGCUCUUCUCUGCUGUCAGUGCCCGUCAGGGAGAGACCGCUACAAUGGAGCAAAGUACUCCCCGCCAAAAUCCACAACACCGGGGAAGGAAUUUGUCUGAAGUUUGUGCAUCACACGAGGAGCAGGACAUUUUGAAAAAGAACUUUACAAGAAGCACAAACCUGUUCAUUCAAUCUGUUCACCUGUGCUUUACGCUCUUUAAACUAACAUGUUGUCGCCUUUUGUUCCUGAAAGACACAAGAAAUUAUUUUGUACACUUCAUGUUACAAUAAAUGACUUAGAAUUUUAGUUUUGACAUUGUUUUAUUCUUCUCUGGAUGAAACUACCCUGAUGUACCUCUUGUGUUUUUAUUUGACAACAUAAGCACUUCAUAAAGAGUCAUGUACUUAAGCCAUGAGAUAU